AUGGAGACCAAAGGACCCCCACUCGGGGCUAUCUGGGCCAUCCAUCAGGAACAGGAGACUGCCACCCAACGUGGCAGCGGCAGCAACAUCUGGGAUGGAAACUUUCUCUUCUGUGAUAACAACAGGCCCACUACCUGGCUUCAAAGGAUAACCAUGCUUGCACAGACAGAUGGAAGAGACAAACCGAAGAACUGCAAAGUCACGCGCAGUGGAAGCGGACGUGGGCGGCUCGUGGGGAAUUUUACUCAAUAUGUGCCUUCCAACCACACAAGUGGAUCUAAUGUCACUGUGAAUGCAACAACUUCAGUUCCACUGGUCUCAAGCAAUGUGACACUUGUCACCGUGAAAUCCACAGCGACUCCUAAAGUGGCAACCACAAAGCUCUCAACAAACGUGACUUCUAUGACCAUGAAGUCCACACCCAGAGCGAUAAGUGUUGCACAGAAUGUAACCAAGAUGUCCACCGCCUCAGUGACCACCACCCACAGUAGGCUACCAGGACCUCUGGCAACAACUGUUCGUUCUGAAGAAAAUAAAGGAUCAAAAUUUGAUACUGGCAGCUUUGUUGGUGAUAUUGUGUUAACACUGGGAGUCUUAUCUCUUCUUUGUAUUGGAUGUAAAAUAUAUUACUCAAGAAGAGGCAUUCGGUAUAGAACCAUUGACGAGCAUGAUGCCAUCAUUUAAGGAAAUCCAUGGACCAAGGAAAGGAGAAAAACUGUAGCUCUAUCAACUAAUCUCGGUUAUUACUUUA